AGAAGAAGAAGAGAAGAAGAAGAAGAGAAAGAAAGAGAGAGAAGAAGAAGAAGAGAGAGAAAGAGAGAAGAAAGAAGAAAGAGAGAGAAGAGAAGAGAGAAAGAAGAGAAGAGAGAAAGAGAAGAGAAGAGAGAAAGAGAAGAGAGAAAGAAGAAGAAGAGAGAAGAAAGAGAAAGAAAGAGAAGAGAGAGAGAAGAAGAAAGAGAGAGAAGAAGAGAAAGAAAGAGAAGAGAGAAGAAGAAGAGAAAGAGAGAAGAGAAGAGAGAGAAGAAAGAGAGAAAGAGAAAGAGAGAAAGAGAGAAGAGAAGAGAAGAGAGAAGAGAAGAAGAGAGAAAGAGAAGAGAAGAGAGAGAAGAAAGAAGAGAGAAAGAGAGAGAAGAGAAGAAGAAGAAGAAAGAGAAGAAGAGAAGAAGAAAGAAAGAAGAGAAAGAGAGAAGAAGAGAAGAGAGAGAAAGAGAGAGAAAGAAAGAGAGAAGAGAAGAGAAGAAAGAGAGAGAGAAAGAAGAAGAGAAGAAGAGAGAGAGAAGAGAAAGAAAGAGAGAGAGAGAGAAAGAAGAGAAGAAAAGAGAAGAGAGAAAGAAGAGAAGAAGAGAAAGAAGAGAGAGAGAAGAGAGAAGAGAGAGAAGAAGAAGAAAGAGAAGAGAAGAAAGAGAGAGAAGAAGAAGAGAGAAGAGAAGAAAAGAGAAGAAAGAGAAGAGAGAAGAAGAAGAAGAGAAGAAAGAAGAAAGAAGAGAGAAAGAAAGAGAGAGAGAAAGAGAAAGAAAGAGAGAAGAAGAGAAGAAGAGAGAAAGAGAAAGAAGAGAGAGAAGAGAGAGAGAGAGAAAGAAGAAGAAAGAGAAAGAAGAGAAAGAAAGAAAGAGAGAAGAAGAGAAGAGAAGAGAAAGAGAGAAGAGAGAAGAAGAAAGAGAAGAAGAGAAAGAAGAGAGAAGAGAGAAAGAGAAGAAGAAGAGAGAAGAAGAAAGGAGAAGAGAAGAAGAGAGAGAAAGAGAAAGAGAGAGAAGAGAAGAGAGAAAGAGAAGAGAAAGAGAGAAGAGAAGAAAGAGAGAAGAAGAGAAGAGAAAGAAGAAGAAGAGAGAAGAGAGAAGAAGAAAGAGAGAAGAAGAGAGAAAGAGAAGAAGAGAAAGAAGAGAAGAGAAGAAGAAAGAGAAAGAAGAGAAGAGAAAGAGAAAGAAAGAGAAGAGAGAAGAAGAGAAAGAAGAAGAGAAGAAAGAAAGAGAAGAAGAAGAAGAGAGAAGAGAAGAAGAGAAGAGAGAAGAAAGAGAAGAAGAAAGAAGAGAGAAAGAAGAGAAGAAAGAGAGAAAGAGAGAAAGAGAGAAAGAAGAGAGAAGAGAAAGAGAAGAAAGAGAAGAAGAGAGAAGAGAAGAGAGAAGAAAGAAAGAGAAGAAGAGAAAGAAGAAAGAAGAGAAAGAAAGAGAGAAGAAGAGAAAG